ACAGUCUCUCACAUCUAUGAUCGUAGCGAGUUGUUUAAAUUUGGUGCUUAUCCUCCCAUAUAAAUAAACGCUUGAAAAAUAAAUAUUAGCUGAAAAUUUUAAAUCACAGAGGAAAAUGAGGGUGAUCUAGAUAUAGAGCGGAAUGUUUGGUUGGAUAUCGAAAGAUGAUACCUUUAGUUUUUUACGUAGUGAUAUUCCUAAUUUUGCCUGGAACACUAACCCUAGAACGUAAGCUGACGACAGUUGUAAACCCAGGAUGUGACAGCGCCUGCGACGAGGUGAUUCUGGUACACGUGAGGGCAGACGGUCCCAACGACACCAUCCACUACUUGUGGGGGUUCCUGGGCAAGCCAACCAUCUGGUUCGCCAUGACUCGCCCCACUACCAACCUCACCAUAGACUGGGACACAUUAUUGUGGAAAAAUGAGCGUGCAGUGCACUUCUCGGAGCCACCCAUCUACAGCUUCGGGGCGAUGUUCAACAAGCUGUGGGAGUUCAAUGACGCGGCGGACGCGGGCUACCUGAACCUGUCGGACACCGGCCCGGGCUACCGGCGCGAGUACGACCUGCGCGACUUCAACUGGCGAGUGGCGGAGGUGAAGCACGACGUGGAGAGUGCCGUGCUGUACGUGGCGGGCUCCCAGUACUUCCUCCCGGGCCGCGUCCUCGGGGGGAGCAUCCGCUUCAAGAUAGCGGCGUACGGCUCAGAGGACCGGGAGCCCUCCCUCCCGCGCCUGCUGCACACGGCCAACAGCUCCCAGGUGGACGUGGCGCUGGACGGACUCGCCACCAACUCCAGCUUCCCGAGCGCCCGCUUCGCCGUGGACCUGGUGCUGGUCAGCGACGACGGCCGCAACUCCAGCAUGCUGCUCGAGUCCUACAAGAGCCUGGACGACGAGAACACCCCCGGGGUCUUCACGAUGGUAGACCUGCAGACAGCCUCCAGCGGGACGGCACGGGGAGGGGGCUACCUGCAGUGGCGGCCGGUGGCCUACGUCUCGCGGCAGCGCGACCUCAGCAACUCGACCGAUGCUCACAGCUACCAGCUGAACGAUGUGCCGCGCCCUAGUGGCGUCCUCAACAACACGCUGAUGUACGCCGUGUACGCCUAUGCCCUCGACACCCCGGCCGUGCUGGCCCAGGAGGCGGUCGUGUCCUUCGGCCUCAAGGAGGACGGCUUCUACAAGAAGACCAACUUCACUUCCUGGACCUUUACGAUUGGCUACGGCCAUCCGCCACACGAAGACUUCUCCUUGCUUGUGAUUAUGAUAAUCAGCAUAGGGCUUGGUCUGCCAGGCAUUAUCAUAAUCAUAACUUGCAUAGUCAUGGUUGUUCGUCGGCUGUCUCGUAACGACGACGACUUGUUCCUGGGACGAUAACUUGUGCUCGUACGUUCCCCUCUUGCCACGCGGUCUCUACAUUUCCACUUUUUUUUUUUUCACUGAAAAUGUUGGGCAUUCUGAGGUUUAUGUUUUAUUUUUAAGAAUGUAUAUCUUGUAGUUCUGAUAACUGCAAGAUAUAACAGUUAUAAGAAUUUUUCCUGUAUCAUUUUAUGUGUUCUGGCCAAAAACUGGCCAUUGUGUACAUUUGGUAAAGUAUUUUUUUAUUAUUAUCAUUUCAGUACUGAAGAGUUUUGUGUUUAGUAACUAUUUUAUACUAUUUAAUUAAUAUGUAAAAAGUGUUAUUGUACCUCAGAAUAUUGUUGCCUUACUAUGAUAUAUGACUAUUAUGACUUUACAGUUUACAGUACUUACAUAGAUGAAUUUAUAAAUGUGUGUAUACAGUAAGUAGAGGUUUGACUUUCGAUAUUUUGAUACCUUGAUAACCUCAAUACUAUUUUGAAACAAUUGUAUUGAAUAUCAGUCUAAACCUUCGAUACUUAGGUUACACUGGAAAAUUGAACAUGCUAGCAAGGUUGUUCUGAGCAUUCCACCAGCUACUGUUUAGUCUGAAUGGUUGUUCAUUCCAGCUGGACUUGUCCACGAGAAAAGUAGACUUGAUCCUGAAAUAUUUUGGAUACUUGUUUUCUUCAAUAAAUAUUUAUAAAAUUUCUGACACGAUUUGGAAUGGGCAGAGAUGUUCUGACAUUUAUGUAACAUACCUACUAAAAGUUCUGACACCGCCAGGUUUAGACUGGACUAAAAGGGAAUGCUGGGUAGGGAUAGAAGGGGAGGGAUGGAGAGAGAAGGGCGUUGGAUUCUUGAUCUUCGCACUUGUCAUCUGCCUAUGAGGUUUCUAGGGAGUUAGUCAUGGUGUCCUUCAAUUAAUACACCGACAGGUUUUUCGGAGGACUUACUGUUUAUUUGUUGUUUCUGCGUGCUUAGCCCUGUAGAUGAAGCCUAGUCACCGUAGGCUCUACUCUACCUGAGGAUCAAACCUGGGUCCUCGCUAGCGAGCACCGCAAUAAGGCUCGUGACAUCUUGCAGACUCUAAUCUACUUCUGAUAUCUUAUUUGCUUCACGCAUUUCUCUUGCUCUUAGUGACCUCACUGGGCUGCCAUCAGCUCUCUCUCUCUCCCCACAACCAUCUCGUGUCCUCACGUAACACACUCUCUCAACUGACUUGAACUCUGCCGCGCUGCCAAGUGACGUGUUAGCAGUCUGAAACAAGGCUCCGCGGAACAAACAAAUCGCGAGGGCUGCGUGUCCCGGCUUGUGGUCAACGAAUGGAGACCGCUGACUCUACAACUGCACACAGUUGAAUCUAACAAAUGAUCUAAAAUUGUUUCCCUUUAACAAUACUCAUAAUAUUUGUGUAAGUAAUCUCAACCUAAAUCUUUGUUAUCUAUGAGUAGAUAUUUUACUAAAAACAUUCAGUGCCAUGCAAAAUUUGAGUAAAUAUUUGAUUUUGAAUUCAUAUGAACAAAAAUGUUUAUUUUUGUAAAAGUAUCAAGUAUCAAAAGUACCUACUGAGGGUGUUGAAUUGUAAACAGUAGUAUCAAGUAUUUUGGUUUUGUCCCAACUAAGGUUAUAGGUAAAAUAGAAGUAGUGAGUGCCAUCUUUAUUUUGUGUAAAAAUGAAGUACCAGCAUUUAAUUUCUUUAGUUUUGAUGAAUCUUGUAGUAGGUAAUUGCUGCUUUUUCUGUGCCACACAAAAACAUUGCAAUAGGUUGAGUGAUGUUUGGACAAUUCUUUCUUUUUCUUGAUUUUUUGAUGGCGAAAUGAAAUCCUAUCUAUAUUCAAUCUUGGGGAAGUCGUGUGAAAGAAUUGUUGUCGCUUGUGCUGGCAUGCACACGGAAGAAGUGUAGGAGGGGAAAGAGCAGAGCGUGCAUGCUCGCCCAUGAUUGGUCAACUGAAUUUGUUCUCAUUAAAAAUUUGUGUGCCUUAACACACCAUUUGUACAACCAGGGUGUUCACAUUCUGGAAAGUCAGGGAAUAUCAGGGCUAAGUCAGUGAAGUUGGAAUUGAUCAGGGAAAGUCAGUGAUUAUACUCGAUACCCUGGAAAAUUUAUGAAAUUCUCGAGUGAUAAUUUGAAGGGUAAUUGUCAAUUAUCCAGUCUGCCAAUCACCAUUUAUUUUUCUGAUGGUAUUUUAUUGCAGUCAUACAAACUAUAUAAGUAUAUAAUGGAGUAUGCAAGGUUCUGUUUUAAAUUAAAAACAAGUGGAGUACGAACUAUGUCAGCUGUAAAAAUGGUGAAUGCUGGAUUUUCCUUAUUUCUUAAAGAAAAUGGCCUUAUAGUUAAGAGAAAAGUCAGAGAAAUCUUAUUUCAGAUUUAUGUCGACACUGUUUUGCACUCAGUUCUGUCUUUUGAAAGGAAGACAUUUCUUAACAGUGCUAUGUGUAAUUUUUUAGUCAGUGCAGUUUCGAAACACUGUAUGUUGAAAUACUUUUCAUAAUUCCUUAGGAUUUUUUAUGUAAAUAUUUGUUGUUCGGUUUUGAGUACCUAUCGACUAUCGUUAAUUGCAACUUGUUCAUAUGACACACACAAUAUUAUUAAUUGAAGCAUUUUGUUCAUUAAUACACUGCAUUUACUGUCUGCUUUCAGUAUUUCUUACGAUGAAAAUUCAUCUGUUCACAGUCGUGAGGUCGUGGAAGAUAUUUUAGUGUGUUUUAUUGUUUCACAACAUCCAACAAAACAUCUUAGUGCUUAUGUAAAGUUGGCCGAAUGGCACGUCAACAGUUUUGUUCACGUUUCAUUCAUGCAAAGUUUUAAUUUAAACAGUACAUUGUUGAUUUUCCUGUGUUUAUACAUAACCAGAAUUACAUACAAAUAUAUCCUCAGAUUUUUCAGCUGUGUUUGUAUUUGUUACAUCACUCAUCUACAUUUAGGACUUAAUAACCCAACACUAUUAAGAUGUUCUGAUAUAAGCUUGUCAUGCUUUAAAAGUAGGCCUGUGCAAAUAUUUUUUUUAUUUUUUAGUUUGUAUAGAAUACGAAUAUGAAUACUAAAUUAUUCACGAAUACAAAUAUUGAAUUUGAAUAGUAAGAAUGAUAGAAUCCCACUAAAAAGAUAAUUAAUAUAAAAUGAAAAGUUGGUUAGAGUAAGUCAGCUACAGUAAUUUGAUGGACAAUGUUUGUUAAAAUAUUUAAAUUAUGAAAUAAAAAAUUGUGUUUUUAAUUAUGCAGCUAACCUAUCUUAACCCAACCAACCAACCAACCAUGGAGUUAGGAAUUGCCAGGAGACUGCAUGCUGUGACGUAGGUGAAGUCACUUUUUAACAUCGCCAUAUUAUAUAUGCCCAAAACAUUGCAGAAAUGGUGCUUGUCCAUGUGUGAUGAUGGUUAGUAAGAAUGAAUUAGAAUCUCCAUCAUUAAAAAGUCACUUUCAUAAAAAAAGAAAAUCAUUUAAAACUUUUUCCACUACACUUCAACCAAUGUUCUGGGCAUGUAACCAAUAUAGCUCAAAAUUAGCUGAAGGAAAAAAAACUGCUUCACGCAGUUAGCAUGUAAUCAUGCAACCAACCAACCUUUCAUAUCAAUUCCUAUUCACCUUAUUUUCCAGAACCUGCCACUCCACAUGUUGAUCCAGAAAAUUUUCGUGAACGGCAAAAUACUGUGAAAUCCAAUGUAAUCCAUUUCUCAGAAAAGUUAAUUUUUUUUUUAUGUUUUAUUCCCGAAGAAAAUGAGCUCAUAUUUAAGUAUUUAAACCCUAGUUAUUUACGAGUUUUCGUUGUUUAUGUAGUCAAUUUUUUUUUUUUUUUUUUCAGCAAUGUUAUAAACACAAUUUGUACUAAUUUCAUCUGGAAUAUUAAACCAAUAUUUGUGUUUCUUUUAUAUAUAUUUUUGAGUCACAACAUCUGUUUAGUUGUAGAUCAUACAGCAAGGAAGCUGCUACUGAUUGUAACUAAUGAUUUAUACACUGUUGAAACUAAUAUGUUUACUUCUUUUAAUGGCAAACAAAAUGUUGUGUCCAUGUUUUGUGUUGUUGAAGUCCAUGGUUCGGUCUUUAAAUCUUCUUUCUUUCUUUCUUUUUUUCUUUUGUCCGAUCUGUCGUCGUGUUGUCUAUAAUACUUGAUUAUUUUCAUUGUUGUUUCUGUUUGUCCAACAUCAGCUGAUUCAGGCUCGUUUUCUGUGAAUUUUUUUAUCUUCAUAUAUUUUUAUUUUUGGAAUUUUUCCAUGACAAACCGUACAAAACUGCAAUGGCGUAUGUCCAAAAAACUACAUUAUGUCCAGAGUUUGUUGUUUAUUAUUUUUAUUUUUUUGUCUUUUGGUUCAUGUAACCAUAUUUUGUGUGACAAAAUGAAUACAAAUAAUUUUUUUUUUGACGUAAUAACUUUAAAUCGAUGAACCCCGGCUGCACGCACGAAAAAUUGUCACGUUCCGCCUGAGCCGAGCAUGCAAGAACCGGCCAACCACCGUGCGAGAAAAUCUUCUAUAAUAUCAAACAGGUUAAGGCAGGCUUUUUAACUAAUUGUUCCUGAUUAUAUUUAAACAAAUUAUUUAAAUUAAAUUUGCAAAAUCUGUAAAUAUUUGAUAAUUAAAAAGUAUGAAAUUUUU